AUGGGUUAUUAUUGCACUGUUCCACAAUGCACUUCGUUGGCCGGCAAGACGAAGAACGUGAAAUUCCACCGAUUUCCCCGCGACGAUGCAAUGGCUAUGAAAUGGAAUGUUAUUUUAAAACGGAUGAAACCAAUAACAAAAUAUUCAAAAGUGUGCAGUUUACAUUUUACACAAGCGGAUUACAAUGUCACUACUAUGGGUAAGAAUAAAGGUCAAUGGAAGACGUUGAGCAAAGACGCAGUACCCACACAGAAUUUACCAAAACUAAAUCCAGAUGGCACAGUUAUGGUUAUUCGUAAGAGUCGGACGAGUGUUAAAUAUAAAGGCGAUAAGAAGGAUGAGAACAGCCAAUGCCACCAAGAAUACUACUCUAUUGAAAAAGAGAAGUUGUUAAUGGGUAGUCAAACUGUAAAGACAGAAUUGAUGAGCCCAGACCCAACCACAGAACCACAAAGAGUUAUUGCACCACAAUCGUCUAUAUUAGCCAGCCGCCUUCAAUGGUUAAAUUCUCCAGAGAAACCAAAAACCCAAGACGCAAUAAUGCAAACGGAUCCCUUAACUGAUGAUGAAAGUCCCGGCAAAUAUGAAUCACCCAAAUAUGUGUAUCCAGACGACUAUUUAAAAAACAAAGAGUAUUUACCACAGACAACAGAGGAAUAUAAUAAAGAAGCGGAAAAAUAUGCGUUGGAGAGAAAGAGCAGUACGUUUGACAGUUUUCAGAAAACUGUAGAUUUUUCAAAAGAGAAAAAUGAGGAAAAUUUUGGGAAAGAUGUCUAUCAGAAGAUGGAUUAUGACCUUUAUUAUCAAGAUAGCGCUGAGAUGUUGAGGAAUCAACAACAAAAUAUACAGAUGUUACAGGAACAACAUAGAAUGAAUGAAAAUCAGAAUUUCUUCGACGAGAAUCAUAUAAAGCAAGAAGUGGAGGUCUAUGCAGAGGAAGACAAAUUCUUUGAAGGCAAGGAGAGAGCUGAAGACCCAUUAUACGAGAAUCACAGCAUUAUGCAACAGACAGAAGAGGAGGUCAAACAGGAACCGGAAAAUAGUGAUAACAACGGCAGUGAAACUGUAAUGCAGUCGCAACAAUUUUUCAACACACAUGUUCAGAUACCAGAUCCAUUGUGCAUAAGUCGACCAGGGCCUGAGUUGUUGAUCGCGAAGCAGAACGCUUUAGCUGCGCAUGCACAGUUAUGGCAAAACACAAAGAAGCGACCAUUCUUCUACAGUGACAACAAUCAGUGUACCACUACACCACUAAUGCAUCGGUAUGAGGAUUUAUCGCGAAUCCUUCAGUGA